AUGAAGAUACGGAAAUUUGACAUGUCGCUGCUGCGCUUCCCCCGGCCACGUCGACUGGUGAGACCAAUGAUGUUCGUGUGUGGUCUGUGUUUCGGGAUUAUCUACUUGACGGCGUCCCCGGUCACAAGGCCUCACGGGGUGGGUGUUGGCGGUCUGCAUCAACCCUUAAAGAACACGGGAAAGUGGUCUAAUGAUCCAGAUGACGUCAUGUAUCCUCCAUUUGUUGCUGAAAGUCCCCCUUAUGGAAGAGGUGAGUAUGGGCGCCCAGUGAUUGUCUUACCAAGCCACCUUUCUGCUGAAGCGAAGCAGACGUUUGAUGAGGGCUUCAAGAAAAACAGCUUCAACCAGUUUGUAAGUGACAUCGUUUCCGUGACCCGCCGACUUCCGGAUCCAGGUCCACCACAAUGUCGGUCAUUGAGUCAUCAGAGCAGGCAUAGGGCGAGUGUCAUCAUGUGUUUCCACAACGAGGCAUGGUCUACCCUAUUGCGCUCUGUGCACAGUAUCAUCAACCGCUCGCCACCACACCUCCUCCAGGAGAUUAUCCUCGUUGACGACGCCUCCGACCUAGACCAUCUUGGCGCAGCCCUGGAGAAGUACAUGUCUGGGCUGAGCAUAGUGAAGAUACUGCGGACAGGUCAGCGUGAGGGGCUGACAAGAGCAAGGCUAUUUGGCUACAAACACGCCACCGCCUCCGUCCUCGUCUUCCUCGACUCACACAUCGAGUGUUUCCCAGGUUGGCUCGAACCCCUGCUGGACCGGAUUGCUGAGAACCCUCAUGCCGUCCCAUAUCCAACAAUAGAGUCUAUCAAGCCGGACACGUUGUCUGUCAAACCCCAUGUUCCCCUCAGCGUUGGGACAUUCUCCUGGACAAAUCUCAUCUUCAGAUGGAUAGGCAUCCAUGAACUGCACAGCAAACCCGCCCGUCCCCAAACUGCACCCAUCAAAUCCGCCACAAUGCCUGGUGGGUUGUUCGCGAUAUCCCGGGCCUAUUUCACUCUGCUGGGAGCCUACGACCCAGGGCUUGACUAUUGGGGAGGGGAGAACAUCGAACUGUCUUUCAAGGUGUGGAUGUGUAACGGCAGCGUGGAGCUGCUGCCCUGCUCACAUGUCGGUCACAUCUUCCACCACAACAACCCCAUCCACUGGCCCACCCCCGGCAGUGUAAGGAGGAACGCUGCUCGCGUAGCCGAGGUGUGGAUGGAUGACUACAAGAAGUUCUUCUAUCAGACUACUGGAUCUGACAAGGUUGUUGUUGGAGAUAUCUCGGAAAGACAAGAAUUGCGGCGGAGCCUAAACUGCCAUAACUUUGAGUGGUACUUGAAGAACGUGCUCCCGGAACUACCAGUGCCCACAGACUGUCUGACUGUAGGAGAGAUUCGGAACGCUGCCUACAAUAACUGUAUAGACUCGAUGGGGCGGCACUCCCUGCUGCCGUAUAUGUACACAUGCGGGGGCAAGGGUUACAAUCAGGUAAUCUGUAACAAUCCUGUCCCUGUGACAUCUUGCAUUGUCAUCCUGGAAGAUGAAACGGCGGCCAUGACGACGUGCAAACGGCACAACAUGGGCUGCCAGGAUGUUGUCCCGGUAGUACUGGCCUGUGACACGUCCGGCAACAACAUGGGAGACGUCCCAGGUGUGGACGCUCACAGCACGUCCUUCAUAGCCGACACCAUUGACAGCAUUAAGUUGGCAGGGCAGAGGUCAAUCCAAACAUAG